AUGGCGGCUGAAAAUAAGCCGGCGGGAAAAGGUUCUCACGUUUCUUUACUGAUGCACAACUUAGAAGAAUCGAAAAAUAGCGAAGACGGAAGUGACGACGAAGAAGAAAAACAACCAGGGAAGCUUCUUGCGGAAAAAAGUCGAACUGUAGAUGAUUUAUUAGACGAGUUUAAUGAAGCGUUCAGAAUGAAGGUAAGCUUAUUUUUGAAAGUUCUCUCUGAUUGAUGACCAUGUCCAAGUACAAUCGAUGCAUUUAACGGUAUAAAAGUAUAUAAUGGUAGACUAUUUCAUAUGACAGUGGCUCGCGCUAAAUUUCAACUCAAAAAAUUUUUCAGCAGAAAUUGUUCAAAUUGAAUAGCAGUUGGUUAUCAUACAUAGGCAGACCAGCAAUAUCUUGUGGGCGUUUCUUUCAUUUUUUAUUCCCCUGUAUAUACUUUUGUAAUUUUUUGUCUUGUUUGUAAAAAUAAAAAUAAAUAAAAAUAGAGAUAAAUGGGUGAAUAAAUAACUAAAUAAAUGAAUAAAUAAACAAACAAAUAAAUACGUUAUAAAAAUAAUCAACAAUGAUUAUUAAAUAAAGCUGAGUAGCUUGUGAAGAAUUAUGCAGAUGGAGGAGACUGUUAUCCACUUGGGCAAAUGCUGUAGUAGAUAACAGCCUCCUUGGUCUGCAUAAUUCUUCACAUAAUAUAGAAGCCCAAAUCAAUAAUUCCUGUAACCCUUCUAUUAAGUGUCAUGGGGAGCUUAUUUAUUUCAAACCCAUUUGAGAGGGGGCUUAAUAGAGAUGGGAGAUUAUUUGAGAGGAGGGGGGGGGGGGGGGGGCUUAUUUAAUUUAGGAAAGAUAAUAGUAUCAGUUCUCCAUAAAGGACUAGAAUACAAAGUGGAAAAGGUCAGGUACAAGAAGUUGGAGUCUUGCAGCCGAGGAUCAGUAAACCAUCCUGGAUCAGUCCACACAAAGUUUUACAGUCGUGAUUGAUUAAUAUUAUCUAAUAGUUUUUAUUGAAAAAUAAUAAGGGGAGGGAAGAGGGUGAGGCUUAACAGAAAGAGGAGGGAUUAACUUUCUUUGCCCAAAAAGGGGGCUUAUUUGAGGGGGGGGGUGAUUUACACUAACAAAUAUUGAAUGAGGCUGAGUGUCAUCUAAAGAAUUAUGGAGAUUGAGGAGGAAUAGCACCCUCUGAGAUCUCCAUACUUAUAAUUCUUCAGAUGAUGCAGUGCUCAAAAUUAAUUUUUUUGAUAACUUGCCCUUUGGGUUAGUGGCCAUAAAUUUUACCAGCCAAAUUAUUCAGUUUAUUAUCCAAGAAUCUGUCCUUGAAAUAACAUUAUUAUUCAUUCAAAAUAUUUCACCGUGUCUGAUUUGCUAAAAGUAUAUGCAUAAUUCAUCAUAACCACCUACUAUUGACCAAAUUUGGAAGAAUUUUGCCAUAAAUGAACCGAUCAUGAUGUCAAAAGUGCAGCAAAGUUGCAGAUUAAUGAACCAUUAACCGAGAAGACCUGGGGACAAGGUUGUGUUAUUUUGGUAGUGAGAACCAAAUGGCUGAACAGUUGGCACAACCUAUUACUCGUUUCACGGCAAACUGUUGUCUGAAAACGUAGCAAGAAUAGCUAGAAUACAACUUGACAGAUGACAUUAUUCUGCUAUUUGGGGUAUGUUUGCGGACCUGCUCUCUAUCUUCUAAACUUCUGGGCUCAAAGUUUAAAUUUGAGUUUGGGAGCGCUUGUGCUACCAGAUUUGAAUUUUCAGGUGCACAGCUGAAAAUUUUAGGAGCUCAGCUAACAAUGUUCAGGGAGCAUCUAUUUUAAAAGAAAAAGUAAAAAGCUUAACAGUGCCAUGUUUAUAAGUAUGUCAUCUUCAGUUCACGUUUUGCUGCCAAAAUCUGAGAAACUUGUUGGUGGGCGAAGGUGGCUGUCAUCUUAUGAUAAAUCUAUUGUGCAAAUUUUGGAAGUAUUUGAUGUAUUUUUCACAAGGUAUCUUAGAAGAACACACCAAAGUUGUUUUUAUGAGUAAUGCACUUAUGUCACGUGUUUGCUCAUGUGCAAUUUGUUUAUUAAGCUUAACUAAUGGGCAGAGUUUUUCACCAUUUCUGUGUCAUUGAAUUGUUUCCAUAAGGAUAAACAAACUUUAAGAAGAAAGAAAAUUAACAGUUAUAUGUUCUCGGACAUAUGCACAGUUCAAUAUCCAAUGUUCAGCCGCGAUUUUUACAGCUCGGACCCUGGUAAAAAUUGAGACAGAUUUUUACUGUUUUUGCUGUUAGUGCGGUGGCCUGAUGCUCAAUUCCAAUGUCUUACUAGUUCAAGUACAUAAGUAUGGUGUGAAACAAGUCAGUUGCCUUGUGCUUUGGGUUUUAUGGUGCACAGGUGCGAUUACACAUGGUUUUUUUGGCGCACAACCAAAAAUCCAGUUGCAUAUGUGACCAGUUAGUCGUUAAUUUUGAGCCCUGAACUUCCUGAUACUAUCAAGAUGAACUUAACAUUGACACUGGUAAGCAUGUUUUAGCUUGUUUUUAAACUAGGAAUUCUUUUAAAUGAAUAAUAAAGCAAUUUUUGAAUUCAGCUACUCAGCCUCAUUCAAUAAUUGCAAAAUAUUUUAAGUUUUGAAAAUAGUGCUAAUAAAAUGGGGAAACCUAAUGUAUGGAUGUAUCGUUCAAAUUAUGUGAUGGUCUGUAAUAAGAAAUAUAGAUGAUUUAAUGUGCAUUUACAUUUUCCUUUCAUGUACUUUACAUGAGGGCGGGAAAUUCACCAUAAACACUACAAAAUUUUGUUUGUUUUAGACGUCUUGAUUUGUAGCCCGAGCUGAAUGCCUUUUUAGUUAAACUUGGCAGAAAGUUCAUUCCUUCUUCUAAUUCUUACCACCUGUGGGAGCUUUGUGUAGUGUUAAAAUUGAAAUUACGUAUACUUCUUGUCUGUUGUUUUCCUAGAUAUUCCAUUUCCUCUUCACAAAUUUCUGGCAGUGACCGUUUUCUGAAAAAAGCUAUCCAAGGAUCUCUGCAUCUGAUCUGCAUAAUAAAUAGGUUGCAGAAACAAGCCACUUGCAAAAGAAAAUGAAACAAAUGCAGAAACGAGCAAGUUUUCGGAAGGCUGCGCUAGAUUUCCUCAUCCACAAAAACCUGGUUACCUUGAGUUCUGUGAAAUGCGCAUUUUUCAUGUUGUUCGAUUAUGCUGUAAGCAUAUCUUUUAGAACAAUAAAUUGUCUGAGAUAGAACACAUCAAUCUUAUGCAAAAAAGAAAUACAUGUACAUGUAUAGCCUGGGACUAGUGGAUUUGCUAUCGGGCUAGUGAAUUCUGUUCUUAACUUGCCCAAUGGGCAAGUGAUUUUUUUGGGGGGGAAUUCAAAUACAGCUAGAAGAACUGUAAUCAAUCCUGCUCAUGAAAUCUUUUUCAGGCUUAAGUUGAAAUGACUUUUGGGCUACGGUACAUGUUAGCUAUAGCUCACCCGAAUGGCAAGCUGUAAAACUGGCUUUCUUUGCACCCUGCAGAUAAACCAGAUUUAUUGUUGAUUAUGUUUUUUUUGUUGUACUUUUUUUUCUUCAGAAAACCAUCAGUAACCUGACACACAUUCCCCAUGAUCAGAUCUGUUUUUGUUUCUACAGGUUCGAGAAAAGUACAGCUCAUCAGAAGAUUUUUCCUGGAGCAGUGCUGCAGAUGAAGUCAAAGUUGAGCUGUUAAUUGAAAGCUAUGAAAAUGGUGGUAGAAAACUUUCUGAUGACCCACUCCUUGUGCUGCUUAAGGAAUGGCCUGAAAGUGAAAAGUGUUGGAAAAAUCCAAGAUUAAUUGAGUCGCAGGUAAAAUAUUUUUUGUAUUAUCUAACUAUGAAAACUACAUGUAUUAAACUGUUGAAUGUGACUAGUUUAUACAUUCACAGACCUUGAAUGCUUACAAUUUCCUUAGUUUGCAGUAUCUAGCAAUUUAUAAGCCAUUGGUUCAUAUGGCUGAGUAAGUAAGUAAGUAAGUAAGUAAGUAAGUAAGUAAGUAAAUAAAGACUUUUAUUUUAUGAGGGUUAGCAUGAAAUAGCAGGAGCUAAUAAACUCGUGGCCCUCUAAAAAAUAAAUAAAUAAUAAUAAUAAAUGAGUAUGCUAAGCUGUAAAAAAAUACAAGGUAAAAACUGAAGAAUACAGAUACUAUGGAAUCUACUAAACUAUUUAAAAGAUAAAAAUAUAGCAUUAUAAUCAUGUCACAAUUCAUCAAGUAACUUAAAUAGAAAAAUGAUCAAGAUCAGUUCUGCUGUUGUUUAAAAAAAUAAUUCAUUCCACAACGCUUUUUUUAAAGAGUCCACUGAAUCCCUUUGCCUUACAGGCAAAGAUAAGCUGUUCCAUGUUUUGCAAGUUUUGAUGGUAAAAGUUCUGCCUCCUUCUGUUUCGUGAUUAUACCUCGGAGAGGCUAGGUUAAAAUUACAGUAUCCGGUUUGUGUAUUGUGGAUGUUACUGUUUAAUUUAAGUAGAUUGUUUAUAUAAACAGGGACAUCACCUUGUAAUCGCUUAUAAGCAAUUAUACAUUUAGAUAUUAAAGGCAAAAAAUCAAAAAAGGCAACCAUUUCAGCUGAUUAAACAAGGGAACUGAUGGUACUAGAGGGGGGCAUUCAGGAUUACUCUAGCUGCUCGUUUUUGGAGCUUCAGGACCCGCCCAAGGCUUUCCUUAUCACAAUUAGUCCAGAGGACACUUGCAUAAUUAAUUACUGGCCUGAUUAAAGCAUCGUAAUGAAGUAAUCUUUGUUUAAGGGGCAGAUAAUUCAUAAUUUUCUUUAACAAGCCGAUGUGGUGUGAAACUUUCUUACAGUCAUAAUAUCAGAGAAAGAUAGCUCUUCAUCAAUCUCAAGACCUAGUAGCUUUAAUAACGUUCGUAAUGUUAGUUAACAAACUGCCAUUGCAAGUAAUCUCAGGGUUAUUGUUUAUUUUGGUCGAGAGUCACUUUCCCUUCACGGUGAGGGCCUUUGUCUUUUUUUUGUUUAGUGGAAGCCUGUUGGCUAAUGCCCAGUUAAAAACUUCUGAUACAGACGUAUUAAGAGAUUUCUGCAGUCUACCCAUGCUGCCACAAUUUGCUAACGAUGUGCUUGUAGUAUCAUCUGCAUAAAGAUUGAUUUCAGAGGAGCUGACAUGAAGUGGCAGGUCAUUAAUAAAAACUGUGAAAAACAGGGGGCCGAGUAUACUGCCCUGAGGAACCCCAUGUUUCAUAAGCGCCUUGUCUGAGACGCAACCACCCAAAUAGACAAGCCGGUGUCUGUCCACCAAAUAAGACUGGAACCACUUCAUUGUUUCACCAGCAACACCAUACACUCGCAGCUUAUCCAGAAGAAGACCAUGAUCUACCAUGUCAAAGGCUUAACAGUAGUCUACCAGCACAAUGCCACUAACUCUAGUCUUAUCUAAAUUGAAAAGCAAUUCGUCAAUUAUCUGUAUGAGAGCGGUGUCUGUACUGUGAUUCUUCCGAAAACCAGACUGGCGAGGAUAAAUCAGAUUGUUUUCAGUUACAGAUAACUGUAUAAGGAGUCAUGCACAUUAGUCUCUCGAUAACUUUAGAAAGGACAGGUAGCACAGAUAUUGGUCGAAAAUUCUGAACGUCAUGUGAGUCACCAUUCUUGUACAGAGGAGAAACUUUAGCUGUUUUCCAACGACUUGGAAAUGAUCCACUGGCUGAAGUGUAACCUUUUUUCUGAAGCAUUAUUGAAGUACUGAUCCUGUGUUACCAGUGCCUGUGAGUCUAGGACUAGUUCAUCACAAAGUAUUGGACUAGACUAUUAUAAGUGAUACAGUUAUAUAUACUGGUUUGUGUUUGUGGGUUCUUUUCAUGCAAUAGGCUCCAGUGUUAAGCAAUUUGUGGGAAAACAAACAGACAGCUAAAAACUUAUUACUCUGCCUUAACAGACAUCUUGAGUUGGUCCCUGUACUCCUUUUAUUGAACUCUCUAUAAGAGAGACAACUCUCUAACACAGACACAUAGUUCCAGUCCCAUAAAGGUGUCUGUCAAGAAGACAAUUGACUGUAUAAUUUGACCUUUCAUUUAUGAAGACUGUGUUAUUUUGUGUUCCAGAUAAAUCGCUUGAUAACAAUAAUCUUUAGGGAUCACAGUUCAAGGAAAUACAAGUACUUCAAGGACAAAGAUGAACUGUCUUGGAAGACACCACUCCAUCUAGUCGCAGAGCUUAACUUUGCAACUGUUGCUCGUACCGUUUUACGUCACUUCCCAGGACAGUUAUAUGUGACCACAAACCCACAUUCUGGUAAUCACAAUUGCAGGAGAAUUCCUGUUGAGUUGGCAUUACUGAGCUGCAAUGAUGAUGUAUCUGCUUUCCUCAUAGACAACAUGAAGCCUGAAAGGUAUUAUUGACUUCAUUUUUGCCUGUCUUUUGAUGUUGACUUUGUUCAUAAGUUCUACAGUCAGCAGACCCCUCUUUACAGACACCCUGGCACUUAAAACAGACAUGUACCUCAUUAUUACAGACCAAUGCUUUGUCCCUGGGGAGAGAAUAGCCCUGACAUUAAUUUUCUCUAAAUUCGACCUGCUUUAAUAAUACAGACACCCACUAAUAUGGACACUUUCUAUGACCCCCUCAAAGUCUUAACAGGGUUUGAUUGCUGUAUUCAGAAGCACUUCAUCUCUUGCCAUAACCAUUUCACUUGUUUUGACUUGUAGAGUCCUUAGACUUUUUAGCUGUGAGUUCCAAGAAAAUCCCAUAAGCGUUCAAGAGCUGGCAGAACACUCAAACAUGAAGGUAUAGGAAAGAUAUAAUUAUGUAGUGGUUCUGUUUUAUUUUUGGUUUAUUAAUUUAAUUAUCAGUUUGAUAGGAAAAACAAUAAAAUUUGAACCCUGGAGGAUAAAAUACCAAGUUACACAUACUGAACUGGGAAUUCUUUCCACGCUGGCAUGUCUUUUAUAGGGUGAUAUAAUGUCAUCCAUACCAAAGUCAGUAUAAUAUUGACAGCUUUUAAUAUGGUUCGUCGUCCACAGGGAUGUCCAUAUUGCAGUCUCAGGCACAGUACCUGUCUAGGCCUGCAUUAUGAAAUGUACCAGUUAUUUUUUUUUCAUUUGAACACAAGCUCAAUAUCAAUUGUUUGUGUCAGAGGUAUUUAAAUUAUUAUAGUUUGAUUGCUUCUAAUAGUCAGGUGUCAAUAAUUUUGAAUUUAGAACACUGAACCUUUUUUUCUGAUUCAAGUGUUUUUGUUUUGCCCUCUAAGAAAAGUGUUGUUGCCAUCUUGAACUGUAUGGUGUACCCUGACUGGAGACACUUACCCAAGUACAAAGAAGACUAUUCAUCUCAACUGAAGAGGGAUAUUGAACUUGCUUGGGACUCUGAGCCAAGUGAGCCCACUACUUAUGAAUUUUACUACAAAAUACUGGAUGGAGAUAAUUGUGGUAGAGAUCCUUCUGAUAGGGAAUACAGCUGGAAAUCUAAGUCUUGCCUUGCCUCAAUUGCUAACAGUACAAAUAAGGUUUGUAACUGGCAUUGAAGUCCUUUCAUUGUUCCAUUCCUUGGAGUGGGGUGGGGGGGGAGGGGGAUUGGUGGGUAAUCCAGAUUCUCAGUGAUAGGGAUGAUCAAUGCAUUUUUUAGGUUUGAAUAUAAUAUCCAUUCUAGAAUUUUUUGGGGAAGAAAGAUUUGGGGAGUAUUUUUUGUGUGUCUUGAAUUAAGGAGGUUUUUUGGGGCAUUCAAAGUAAUCUGAAAUUUUGUUGAAGUGUUCAGAUGUAAUGGCUGAAUAGUUCAGCAAAACAAGUACAGCCAAACUUGUUUUUUGUUGUUGUUGUUUAAACUUUUAACACAUUACAUUGUAUCUCAUACAUUGUACUAAAAAUGCCAUAGACGGUUAUGCAUACCCCACGGAGGGUCCCGCUGCCGGGGUGUAUCUAUAAACAAGGUUUCAUUUCAUUUACAGCUGUAGGCCUGUCCAUUGUGUUAAUGGGGUGCCUGGAUUAAUUUUUUGGGCUUGGUUGGAAGUCCUGGGGAUUUUUUGGUUUUGACUUUUGCUUCCAUUGGAUCAACCCUGUCAUUUGGAAUCCAGAGCACCUCACCCCCUUGGGGUUAUAUUGCAGGAAAACAUCCACUUGAGCCCCUAUCCUCACUCUGGAAAAAAUAACUUAAAAUGUCAGCUGUUAGCUAUAUAUAUGUAGUUCAAAUGACAUUGUCAGUGUGAAUUAAUCACACCUUCUCUGCUUGCAACUUGUUGCAGAAAGUAGAAAAACCUUUCUUCAGCCCUGAACAGCAGGUUGUUUAAGGUAGCAACCUGAAGCAAAGAAAUACUGUUUAUCAUAUCAAGUUGCUUCUUCAAGGUAAAACAAGCAACAUUGAUUUCCAACAAUUUUGCGUGAAAUGGUGCAUGCAUUACUUAACUGUGCAUUUAAGAGAGUGAGUAAGAAAUGCAGCUGUAGUUACAUAUUUAAGACCUAUUUAUUCAUUAUACACGUCACUUGGGAUCAGAAGGGCAGUAUUAAAAGAGAAACAUGUCUCAUGUAUUGUAAAGUAAUUGACAACAUAAUUAUUUGUGGCAGGAUGAUCCAGUGCCCACCACUGUUCUUGAUUAGUUUUCAUGACUAAAUAAGCAAAGUAUUUCUAUUUCAUGUUUCCAUGCAGGAAUCCAUUCAACACCCAGUUAUAAGGCAGCUUGUUAAAAGGAAGUGGAAAACAUUUGCCCGUUUUUGGUUCAGGUGAUUAUAAUGUUAAAUCUUUGAAAUCUGACAACUGGGAAUAGAGAUUAAAUUAAGAUGGCUCGUUUUUUAAGUAAUGAUCCCAGUAGGGUGGAAAGCAGCAUUUAAUUUUGUUAUGCGGCAAUGUGCUUUCCCCACAUAGGAAUAUUUCCAUUUUUUACACAGAGAAUGAGAAUAUCUUAUUAAUAAAUCAAAUUUACACAAGGUCAGUGCUUAUAGCUUAAGAUCUUUUAUUGCGCCUAUCCUUUCUAUUCUGAGAGAAUCAGGGACAUUUCAGCACUCGGCAGCAACUUAAUUUUUAGUAAACUCCCUGUAGCUCUUAGAAACAUGACUGAUUACAAUAAUUAUUCCUUCUGUCGUUUUUAUUAUUAAAACUACAGAAAGGCCGUUUACGUGGUAAAUGUAUCUAAAUUCCAUUUUGAAAUGUUGUUUUGUGUUAAUAGAUUUUGACCAAUUGUAAGAGUUGCAAAUAGUAGCCAAGAAAAGUUCGAUCUUGUUUAAAAGUUUACAAUUUUACUUUGCAUAUAUUUUUGACUGAAAUUUCUAGUAGUAGCUUUUAUUGAUAAUUAUAGUAAGUAUGCCAAAUGAAUUUCAGAGAAUUAUUGGGAACAGAAAUCCGUAACUAGAAAUUCAUUUAGAAUUCAGUGUACAAUUGUUUUGUAAUUUCCGAAGCAAUUUUUUUUAAUUGCUCUGAGGUACAGCUGUAGAAUAAUCCACCAAUUUGAAUUUUCAGGACAGAACAACUACAGCCCUAACUGAUAACGUUGUGUUGUUGUAUGUUUUAUCUUUAACAGAUCAAGGCUGUUUUCUUUUAUGGCUUAAAAGCUGCUUGUCAUGAGUUUCGGGAUAAUAGUUACACUAUAGCUCCUUUCAUGAGAUAUUCAGUGCUCCGAGACUUUAGCAGGAGCUUUUAAAGGAACAGUAUCCCGUUACUGCGCAUGCACCAAACUUUGAUUUUUGGACAGGAUGUCGCGAAAUCAAAAGACGAGAGGAGAGUAAGAGAAUCUUGAAAAAUCUGUUUGCAUCGCGCUUGGCCGGGUUCAAUACGACACUAAAACGUCUCAGGAUUAUAGAUCAAUGAUAUAUUGUUCCUGUUAAGUUUCCAUUUGGGCAAAAUCUGGAUUUUUUGGCGUUGCUUUUAUUGCCGUUGGCCGGAGGACCAAAAGAUUGGAAGCUCUUUGAUGCCGAUUGAAGGCUUAUUUCUUCUGCUAGCUUCCAUAAAAGCUCAGAUAAUUGUGAAAGGAAUACGCAGAAAUGAAACAGCAACAAUAAAGACUGUAAGAAAGAAACCGUUGAGACAUUGAUGUGACUGAGGAGAUCUUGUGGAGGGGAGUUUCGUGAAGCAGAAUGUUUUGAAACGACGCGUUAGUAAACUUUUAAAUGAAUCUCCCUACGGCCGACAAAAUCGAACAAACGGGCGCUACAUGUUUUGAAAAACUAGUGACAUGAAAUCAUAAUAUCAUUUUUGAAUAACCUUUGUGAUGAUUCAUAGCGUUGAGAUUGCAUUUUUAUUUAUGUCUUUCAAACGUUUGAGGCUAGAACGCGAGCAAAUCAGGCAGAUAUUACUGGACUUGGAGCGUUUGACCUCUGACACGAGUUUCAAAUUAGAAAAUAUGUUUUUAAAGCGAGCGGAACGAGAUUUUCGGGUCGCGAGGCGGCCCAGCUAGCGAUAAAAUCGCGAUGAGUCUUCGAACCGCGAGCCAAAUUUUCAUAUAAGACGAAAGACUUCUUUGAAAGUCUAAAAUAUUACUUGAGAAUAUAAACAACAAAUCUCUGUCGGCGGUGCGGUCCGGAAGGAAAUCUUGUCGAGUCAAUUUGACAGUUCUAUUGUCUUUUGAAGGAAAAACAGAUGACGCUCACGCGUGCGCAUAAUCGGGACACUGUCCCUUUAAGAUUGUCAUCAGACAUUUGAGGAAACAUCUGGUUAAUUUGUGUCAACUUUACUAAUGACAAGUUUAAGAAGUUGCCCAAACUUAACCUUCUUCAACUCCGGACACGCAUCCAUGCCCUUUUUUGAUUUUCCUGUAUUUUUCUUCACCAGAAACUAUAAUAUUUUUACUAUGAUAAUUAAAUUGAGGAGGCAUUAGCUAGGGUAAUGAAUAAAUUUUGUAACUAUUACUCUGGAAUAAACACUGCAACAGAUGCAAUAAAUGAAUAAUGAAGAGUUUUUGUUUUGUGUUUUUAGUGUUUGCACAGGUCUAUAUGUGACAUUUUUGUUGCUGUUGUCAUUUGCCUUGUUCUAUGGUUCAACCAGAGAUGAUCCAACCCAGUACCAUGGCAGUGCUGAUCACCUGAGAAUGCUCUGUGAGAUAUUUGUCGUAAUCUUCAUUGUUGGCUAUGUUGCUGAUGAAAUCAAUGAAAUGGAGAAGUAUGUUGUCACAUGUCAUAAACACUAACUUAGGGUUUACAUUGUAUUUCUUUUGGAUUCAGUUCCUAGAAAAUCUCUUUUAGGUCCAUGGAAACUCGAUCCGCGAAUUUAACUUCUCCUUUUUACACGGAAUUUUCCUUUUAAAUAAGUUAUUUUGUAUAUUGUAUGAUUAUGGAAGGAUGUUGGGUCAUAGUUUCUGUAGACUCUUUUUUCGUGGCCAGUAACUUUUUGUUGAAAUGUUGUAUAAGUGGUAAAAGCCUUAAGUUCUGUCAGGCCCUGGAAUUCUAUUCUCUUCUAGUUGUUGUUGUCAUAUUCUGUGUUAGUAAUAAGAGUCCACUUCAUAAUCAUAUAUAAUUUAUCGUCCUGUUGAAUGAAGUCAUAAUUGAACUAUUUGAUUAGACUUCAAUAAGUAGAUCGAUUUUUUUCAAGGGGAUAAUAAUAUUGUGGUUCGUCCCAGGCAGAUUGGUUUCUCUAGUUGCUAUGGUAGGUCAAAUUGAAAAUGAGUUCAAAUUCCAAUUUGUUAAGCACCGGCUGAACCAAUCUAAAAUGCUUAAGUGCUAGAUUCAGGAAUGUUUUGUAUAAUAUUAAUUAUUCAUAUAGUUACAAACAUGGUCGAACAUGGAAUCUCAUUGUUUUAAAGAGGUAUGAACAAUUCCACAACAAGAAAUAGCUGAGAAAUGACCAAGUUUUUAAAUUAUUGCCGAAUUGCAUUGCAUUGCAUUGCUUUCACUUAGAAGACCCAUAUAUUACAUUUUUUUUCAAAUUUUUUUAUUACUGUUAAUAUUAAAAUAAAUUAGUUACCGUAAUACAACGAAGGGACAUAUUAUAGUAAAACAAAGUUAGCCCCCCCCCCCCAAAAAAAGAAAACAACAACAACAACAACGCUAAUGAAAGCGUACGCUUAAUACAGCCAAGGCGCAUACAAUAUUGAUACAAGCAAAACAAAAAACAAAAAAACAGCGCAUGUUUGAAGUCAUUAACCCGAGAAGUCACAACACAUAUCAGAACUGAUGCACAAGGAGGUCCAUUUAAUCCUGUAUUUGGUGUGAAAACACCCCAUGAAAUAAACGAAAUGAAAGAGGAAAUACUAUGGAACAAGCAUUUUAUUACGAUAGGUGGAAAGUCGAUUUUUUAUAAAGCCUGGGCAAGCAGAGGCAUUCAAAUAUUAAACGACCUCCUGGACUCUCAUGGUGUAUUAUUUCGCUUCGAAAACUUCAAAAGUAAUCGAGAAAGGUGCAGCGUACUCCAUAUCUGCGUCGGUCGUCUCGCAGCGAUUCCCAAAAAUUAUAUAUUGCAUUGUCAUGGCAACCUUAGAUGGACGGCCUUGUGGUAACCUAAUCUUCCUCAGGCUAAUGACACCACCAAGCGUUGUAAUCAGAAUUUGGUUUGUGUUGCAGGGAACGCUUGAGCUACCUUAAAGGAGUUCAGUUUUAUUACAAUCUGUUUGACUGGCUUGGUUUGAUCCUGAUUUUGAUUGUGAUUCCACUUCGCUUCUCUGAACAUGAUGCACAGUGGGUGCUAGCUUCUCUUGGUUUUUUCUUCAAUGUCCUUAGACUGUUCAAGUACUCAUGUCUUACAAGGUACUAAAAAUGAAAUGACGUAUGGUUACAAUAGAUAGGUGGGCCGGCGUACACCUGUAAAAGAAGAAGGAGAAUGGCGACGAAAAGAUGCAAAAGGCAAAGGGGAAGAGGGGACGGGAUCUAUUUUGCAUUACUGUAAACACUGGCAACUGUAAAUUUAUAAUUGACUGGCUGAGCCAUGUUGAGCACUAAUUGAUGGGUUGGUUUGAAACAGUUGAACGAUACGCGGCUUUUAGGUGGUCAAUCUGUCUUCUGUGGCUCACUUGUAGCCUUGGUGGGGUAGCUGACUCAGUUUAAAUAAUAAUUAUUUUUUUAUCAUUGAUCGUUUUUCUUUCAUAUAAAUCAUUUGUUGCAGGGAAAAUAAAAAUUAUUAUAAUUUCGCCUUUGGUAAUUCCGUUAUCAGUUUAGGAACUGCACUGUUGGGAACCGAAAAUGACCUCUGCCCUCCCCCCGCCAAAAGAAAAAGGUGUUUUUUCAAAUGCCAAUUGAGAAAGAGGUUUCUGAGAGCUUCGUGGCUCCGGCAAGCAACGACGACGGCAACGUCAACGAGAACGACCAAAAUCAAUAGGUUAAGAUUGGCAAAACAACCACUCUGCACGUGCAACACGCUUUUGUACAUUUCUUCGCCGUCACUGCACCUUUACGACGUGAAACUUCCUAAUUUCACGUUUUGUUGAGGACGUGAACAUAAGACGACGAAUUUCUUUUUUUUUCUUUUUCUGAACUUCGAUACAGUCUUUUAGAAUUAAACUCGAGAGAAAAUUGCCAACAUAUGACGAAUUGAACGAGAUGCAAUAAGCGCGAAAAAUUUUGAAGCAGCGCGACCGACUUCACUUUUUAAGUGACGUUUUCAUAGCCGUCGCCGUCGUUCUUGAUUAAGCUCCCUAUUAUUUUUUGAAACGGCUGUCGUUUUGUUGCAUUGAAAAUGAUAUUGAUUUUUCCAGAGAGAAUUUUGCAUUGAUCAGCCCAUCUACAGUUGUAGUUAGACUCUUGUAUUUUGUUUUGCCAUAUGAUGAUUAUGAUGAUUGUUGUUGUUGCUGUGUUUUUUUGAAGGACAACUGGACUUUACACCAAGACAUUAGCCAAGAUUGUUUACUAUGACAUUGCGCGUUUUACUGGUGUAUUUCUGGUCAUUUUUCUGGCAUUUUGUGGGGCAUUCUUCUUGUCAUUGCGAGCAACCAAUGCAGUGCAAGUUUUUGGGUAAAGUUUUUAUUUUUGUAUGUGUUUGGGUAUUACCAGUUUCCUUUAAGGCAAUAAAAGUAUAAGGCCCCGUCCACUCUUACCGGAUAGUUUUGGAAACGGAAAUAUUUUCUCCGUUUUCGAAACUGAAUAAGCGCCCACAAGGAUGCACACAAGCGUCUAAAGUGAGAGAAAAACAACGAGAGCGCUGGCCAAAAAUUGAAAACAAAUUUUCACAUGUAUGUUCAAAAUAGAGGCGUAAGUAAAUCAUACUGUGCUUUCAAAGAAAAGAUGAUACAACAAGCUUGCCUAGUCCCUAGGCCUCAUUAUUCCGCGUGGGCAAAUCGUUUGGGGUCACGUGGUCCAAGCGAAAAUGUGAACGUUUCCCGCCCGUUCACCUCGGAUACGUCACUGAAAUGAAUUGACCGAUAGGGACUGGGAAAAUGCCGUACGGGCAAACAACAAGCAAAGUUAGAAAUAUAUAAAUGCAUGAAAAUCGCGCGUUAUACGCCAUUAACAUUCUCCAAUCUACUGAUCGGCUCCCAGAAGGUCGCAUAGAGCUGGAAUGUCAUUAUUCCUAGCUGUGGAAAAUUUAUAUUGAGUUAAGGUGGCUCCGUAAUUAAUACAAGAGCAUUUAGCUGUGACAAAUUUUUCGUCAUAACUUUUUCGAUUUUAACGCGAUGGCUUCGAAACUUUGCAAAGAACAACAGAUAUCAUUCGGCAAUAAUACGAAAUAUUCCGAUUUCAUUGAUGGUAAAUAUUUCUUGAGAAAUUAGCGCUUAAAAGGACCCUACUGUUCAAAGAAAAUCGCGUCUAGUAAAAAAUUUUGCUGAUAUUUUUUACUAAAAUUUCUAGUUUCGGCUUUAAUUGAUAUAAUAAAUAUGCCAGAGGAAUUUCAGAAAAAUCGUUGGAGCAGAAGUCCGUAACUAAAAGUCGCUCAAAAUUCAGCUGUGAAAUUGUUUUGGAAUUUCAAAAAUAAAUUACUAUCAGGAAGAAGGAGACACCAGUUUCAAUUUUCGGGACAAGUAAAUUCAGUGUUUGCUAAUUCUGAAAACAGAAGCGGAUUGCCUAUCGUGCUAUUCUUUAGAAGGUAUUUUUCAGUUUUAGAAGCACUAUAAAUUGCUCCAAACUUUGCCCUGACGUCGAAUGGCUUGUGCCUCGACAUUUUUAAAAUAUCCCUUGGCAGUUUUGGUUCAAACUCCUGCUACAUACAUCUUGAUGUAUUGCAAUGCAUCCUCAACGGCUUUUCCUGCUGUACGUUGUUUCCAAUUCAGGAAAAAGGUAUUGGGAUUGUAAGCUCCCUUGUAUCGAAGCUCAGACAGAACUGUCGAGCACCUUUGUUUAUGACCAGAAAAUGAGCACGAGCGGCAGCUCUGCGAGGAAUUCGCACCUCAGCUUGGUGGGACUAAUGACAAUGAUGCCCAUGUCUGUGAACCGAUCUGUAUAAACAUGUAUUGCAGAGCAAAUCAUAAUAAUCAAGAAAAAAAUACCCAUUCAUUGAAGGAAGGAGUGACAAAAAUUUCAGAGUUGUAAAUUUAUUCAGGGGCAGUAUUUUUGCGAUAAUUUUAUUUUGCACUGUGAUGUUAUUCGGUUCAAAGGCAUGGUCAUCAUUCUCGUUCGUCCCCCCUGGGUGAGGUGAGAAUUCCUCGCAGAACUGCAGCUCGUGCUCAUUUUGUAGUCAUAAACAAAGGUGUUGGACAGUUCUAUCUGAGCUCUGAUACGAGGUAGCGUCCAAUCUCAAUACUUUUUUCCUGUGUUGGAAGCAACGAACAGCACUACAAGUCGUUGAAAGUGCAUUGCAAUACAUCAAAAUGUAUGCAGCAGGAGUUUGAGCCAAAACUGCCGAGGGAUAUUUUAAAACUGUCAAAGAACAAGUAAUUCUACUUCAGAGCAAGGUUUGGAGCAAUUUAUAGUGCUUCUAAAACUAAAAAGUACCUUUUAAAGAAUAGCACGAUAGGCAAUCGGCUUUUGUUUUAAGAAUUAGCAAACAUUGAAUUUACUUGUCCCGAAAAUUCAAACUGGUGGCUCCUUCUUCCUGAUAGUAAUUUAUUUUUGAAAUUCCAAAACAAUUUCACAGCUGAAUUUUGAGCGACUUUUAGUUACGGACUUCUGCUCCAACGAUUUUUCUGAAAUUCCUCUGGCAUAUUUGUUAUAUCAAUUGAAGCCGAUACCAGAAAUGUCAGUAAAAAAUAUCAGCAAAAUUUUUUAGUAGACGCGAUUUUCUUUGAACAGUAGGGUCCUUUUAAGCGCUAAUUUCUCAAGAAAUAUUUACCAUCAAUGAAAUCGGAAUAUUUCGUAUUAUUGCCGAAUGAUGUCUGUUGUUCUUUGCAAAGUUUCGCAGCCAUCGCGUUAAAAUCGAAAAAGUUAUGACGAAAAAUUUGUAACAGCAAAAUGCUCUAGUAUUAAUUACGGAGCCACCUUAACAAUAUUCUUUUUCUUUUCUCAGAGGGUUUGAUAAAAUUAUGUUGAGUGGCGUCCGAGCUCUGGUGGAACAACAGCCAGCAGCUGAUGAUUACUCAAGAUACAAGUAAGGUGUGGUUGGGGAUUCGCUAAACGAGCUUAUUAUAGCAUUUUUAUAAGUAGACAAGAACAGCUGUAUUUUUCUUGAAAAAUCCUAAAGUUCUUUGAAUAUUCAACUCAGGCAGCGAAAAUAUUUAAUAAGCAUCAGGGAUAUUUUUGCAUGAGUUAAGAACUUCUUAAUGAAUUUUAGGCAUUUUUGUUCAUUAGUAUGAUUGUGUUUUUUGUUCUCAAUUUUGUCAAGUUGAAUCGGAAGUUUUUCAUUUGUUGUAAGGAUGACGGUAAAUCUUUCUCUUGUCUUUUUUUAUGACUUCAAGUUGGCUUCCUGUGGUUUUGCUACUAAUUUACAUGACAGCAGUAGUGGUUAUACUUCUUAAUAUUCUGAUCGCUCAAAUGAGCAGUACGUACACCAAAGCCAAGAAAACAGCCAAACUCCAAUAUGACGUGGACAGAAUGCUGAUUAUAACACGACUUGAGUAUAGCAGGUUCCGUCGAUUUGUAAGUUUUUUUUUUCUUUUUCUACAAAAACUCUUGCCCUAUCUUCAUGUCUUCUCUCUUGGAACAGGCUAGAGCUCUACUGUAUAUCCGAAGUGUAUAUGAAUAUUCCUUGAAUAAAGUUAUACAUUUUAGAUGAAUUUACUUAUAUAGUAAAUUUUAACAUUUAUUAAUAAGCGUCUUAAAUGUCUUGUCCUGUGGUAUUUUGAUAGGCAGCGUAAUUUAGUGCGUGUUGAUUUAAUGUUAGUCUGUUUUAUGUUAAUUGUUUGAUUCUUUCUCUUUUAGCUGGAAAAAGUUUCAACUCAUUCGCCCUUGUCAAUUUUGCCGAAACUAGACUAGUCGUGCCCUUUUCUGGUCACUGUCUGGCUAUAAGAACUAAACCUUACCAAAUACCUGUUUGCAGGUCUUGCACUUAGUGGCCUUUUGCUCCAGAUGCAAAAUACCUGCUUCCAAAGUUAGGGCAUGCGCAGAUUUUGAGUUGAAUAGUGACACAGCAGUCUCGACUGUUUCUUUUUGCUUCCUCUCCUCCCCUCUUCUUUCGUUUUUUUUUUGUUCUUUUGUUGGGCAUUUAUUCGGCUACGGUGGGAAAUGAUUUCGGGAAAGCGUUUAGGAAGGAAGAAAUGGAUGGAAGGAAAUGUGGGUGGGGAAUGAAAGGAGAUUUUGGUCAGAACUUUCGUGUUAACUUUGUAUUGUUUUUUGUCUUUUUCACGGUCUUCUUGGCUGAAUUGUGCUCUUUCUGGUGUGGUUUUAAAGAUCUCUUCCUCCUGCACAAGUAGUCUCUGGUAUGGUUUUAAAGAUCUCUUCCUCCUGCACUAGUAAGAUGUCAAAGUUUUCCUUGUCCGUUAAAACGGGCAACGUCUUAAGCGAUACAAGGGACGUGGAUCCGCACGGGGCGGUUACAGGCGGUUCAGGGGCGAAUGGGUCAAAGGAUUCCGCUAUAAUUAAGCGAGUGUCAGCUGUGAUGCUUGUUGCUCUGUGAUUUUUUUUUUCAUUUUUCUAUUUUAGAAUUUACGUCUUAGGCAUUACCAGGAAUGUGAGGUUAUAGACGAGAUGACUUUAGCGCAAGGUACUUAACUGAUGUAACUAUAAAACAUUUGCUCGUUAAAGUUGAAGUCAUCAUGUCUCCGGGCAUUGCCAUGGAUAGGCUGAAUCCUUAAGAUCUUAAUCUUUAUCUUUUGGAAUUUGUUUGUGUGUAGAUCUAUUAGAGAACAGCGAGGAUAGAUCGCCAUGGGAAUCAAUCGAGGACAAGCUUGAGGAAAUUAGGUAA